AUGGGGUUUGGUGUUGACAGAACAGCGUGCGGUGAUCGCCGUUCCUUCAGAGCCAUGUGCUAUAUCUUGCAUGUGUUUGUGAGAGAAGAAUUCCGUUAUUUGAACGUCCCCAGAAUUAAAUCCUACACAGUGGAUGAUAGCAUUGACUGUGCAUUUAAUUGCCUCAGUCAUACAUCAUGUUUUUCUGUGAACCUGGCCGCGUCUAGAGGAAUGGACGGAAAGUUUUGGUGCGAGCUACUCUCUUCUGACAAAUAUAGAAACUCCACUGAACUCCUUGGAAACAAGAGCUCCCAUCAUUUCGUCAUUAAGUCUCCCUGUUCUUCCUCGUCAUGCAAAAAUGAAGGGACCUGUGUACCAAGUUACAAAAAUGGCAUCUUUGAAUGCCUCUGCAAGAAAGACUUCAUUGGAGAUUUCUGCGAGAAAGGCUUCGAGUCCUGUAGAGAUGCAUACAAUUCAUACAAGUCGAACGCCAGCGAGUUGGUUACCUUACACUUUGGCGCGAAAACAACUUCCGUUCUCUGUCAAAUGGGAGAUUUUGGAUGUGGAGAUGGUGGAUGGACACCAGUUAUGAAGAUUGAUGGCAACAAGAACACUUUUCUAUUCAGUUCGGGAUACUGGACUGACAAAAGCGAAUUCAACCCGUCUGGUGGAACGACUGGCUUCGAUUCACAAGAGACUAAGCUACCGACCUACUGGAACACACCCUUUUCCAAGGUCUGUCUCGGUAUGAAGGUUAACGGAAAGAUGAAGUUCACUCUUAUCACCAGCCAGGCUUCGUCUCUUCACUCUCUGGUUGCUGAUGGUCAUUAUCGGUCCACUUCACUGGGUCGGAACAAGUGGAUAGCGCUCACUGAUUCAAAGGCUCAUCUCCAGCCCAACUGCAAUAAGGAAGGAUUCAAUACCCAGACCAUCCAUCGCAGAGCAAGAGUCGGAAUCCUUGGGAACAACGAAAACGACUGCAAUACAUGUGACUCUGUAAUGGGGUUUGGUCUUGACAGCACAGCUUGCGGUGAUCUCCAUUCCUUCAGAGCCAUGUGCUACAUCUUGGUUCAGUGAUGAUUUGCGUUUAAAUAAAUUUUAAAACAGCGCCAAAAUAGAUAAGAUGAAGUCAUCUAAGAACAGUGUGUAAAAACGCAGGAUUAUAAAAUUUGUUGUGUAUAUGAACGCCUUGAGAACACUGCGAUUAAGCAUCUAUCAUCCGAGUCUCGCAAACCAGAAUGUAUGAUGCUCGCGAAAGCUUUGUACAGCUUUUCUUAUGCCAUGUGUGUUUGUAAGUGAAAAAAUGCAAAUAAACAAAGCAAAAUGGAAACGAAAGAAAACAAAAAGAGAGAUAUUUAUCCCGAGCCGUUUUAAUAUAAUGUACGAGGAAAGUUUACCAUUCACUGUUGACUCUAUUCACUGGACCUAGUUUUUGGCCCGCGUCCAAACAUAUCGAUAACGUAGGCUAUCGGAAAUAGCUGUAGCUGGCAAAAAGUUUUAUAUAUAGAAUGGGUUUAACUCUUUAAACCCUGAGAGUGACCAGCAUCUAAUUUCUCCUUACAGUCAUACAGCUGAACCAUUCAUUAAGAUCAUAAGAAUAAAGCAAAUGAUCGCCAACCAAAGAAGCUUUGAUUGUUAAACAAAUUCUCCUCGUCAGUACUAAAGGAAAUGUAUAGAGAAGAGUAUAGAGACGAUGGAUACUGAUGUUAGGGUGUAAAGGAUUAAAUCCGUAUUCAGUGGAUGACGAUUUAUCCCGACCGGUACCCUAAAGGUAAAGGCUGCAUACCCAGAAUGC